UUUGAGUAAAUGCCGGUGUGUGUUUUGUGCGAAAGUGAAACGUUUGAUUCUAUUGACGGGCUUUAUUUCUGUCAGAGCUGCGGCACACAGUCACAGGUAAAUGUUAAUGUCAUUCGCUAUAUUAAAUGGCUAAAUACGAGCUCUGAAGUACUUCCAAUCAUUCUCAGUACAGGUUUAAAGCAGGUAUAACUAUUCAUCAGUCAAUUCAGGUCAAUUUCAGCUGCGCCAUGCGUUGAUGCAGUAGCUCCCGAUUUUGCUAUGUAGGAUCUGGUUUGCUAAGCAAUAAAAAAAUGCGUAAAAUCGUGAAAACUUAACUUUUAAACACUACAAGCUUUUCUAAUCCUUAACAAAUGGGCUAUUAUGUUUGUCUACCCAGUUAUUUCCUCCAUGUUUAGCUCGGUUUGGAUUUUGAGUCCUUCCCCAGGCACAAUGGAUGCGGCAUGCACGACUCUGCACUCAAAUUAGGGAAUGCAAUGGAUCCAUAAGAAGAGCUAACUGUCCAACCACAACAUGUAGUAAAAUAUUCAUGAGAUAACAGAACAUUUGAGAUUUUUAUCCAUUUAUUUUGAGCCAAAGGAACCUCACCUUACAAGGUUUAUAACAGGGGGGGCUGGCAGCGAGGUCUGGAACCGAGUUUACAUGAUUGCCCCAGUUAAGAAAUUCGGCCGAGUGAGACUGAGUACAAAUUUUCCUUGAAAACAAACAUGGCGGAGAAUGCAGACAUGGAAGGACGAUGAGUUUUUGGUCGGUUUUAAGUUUUCCCGCGUACAAAUAUCAAGAGAAAGUUUCUAUGAACUUUUUUAAUGGACCUUUUGGACAUCAGGAGGCGUGAAGUAUGAAAAGUUCGUGGGUGACUUCACUUAUCGUGAUUCGGGAUCUCGGCAAGUUCAGUUAUUUUUUAAUAAGCUUCGUGAAUUUUCGAGCGUCCAUCUUGCUCCAUUUCUUAUAUUUUUCCACUUACAGUGGUAUUAAGACUCUCUUCCUUAUCUUAGACAUAUGCUACGAGCACAAUAUAUUGGUAUGAGUCUUGCAACAGUUAUAUGUGAAUGUUCAUUAAACCACUGAUUUUCUACUUCGCUGUUCGUACGUUUGUUUGUGUACACCGGGAGGCACAGCAAAUAUUUAUGGGCGUAAAUACAGAAUACAGGGCCAAUUUAGUAAAAACCAGGGUAAAUGUUCCAAUCACUUGCUUCACAUUUUGGGUCUGUCAGUAUAAGCUAUUUUUUAAUAUCAAAAGGCUGCAGGGAGGGGUUUACUGAACCUUCAAAACCUUCACUGGAAUGUCAUUGAAGUGAUAAUCAAUAAAUUUCGAACAGCAAUACCGUGUUUAGUAGGUUUGUAUUAGAUAGUGACUUCGGUUUCAAGUAUUUCCUUGAAAUUUUUGGUACAAAAAGUACCCUUUAGUUAUGAAGUAUACUUAAAUGAUUAUAGUGGUUUAGUGUAAGAACAAGAGGCUAAUUCAGUUGCUAAUAAGAGUGAGUACAUCAGGAAAGGGUAUGCGUUGAGAAAAUCCCUCAAAGGACUGAAGUAUAAGAAACAGAAAAAAGAAAAAGUGAAUGUUUUGCAAAGUUUAUAAAGAGAAUCAGAAGAGGCUUGAAAAAUAUACAACUUAAGUUUAUUGUUUGUGUAAGUUAUGAAUCUGAUUUACAACUAAAUUAUACAAGGUAAAAUUGAUUUUUUAUCAACCAUCAAAAGAAGUUAUUGUCGGGCUUGAGCCCUAUCCUCUCAGCAGUUGUUUCUACGAUACUACCCUUGGCUUAUUUGGCCUAGAUGGGUAUGUGCUGCUGAUUUAGGGUGGUGACCAUUUCACCCUUUAGUGUUUUGAACAAGGUGUCUGCUUGGGUUGUGAAGGUUGAAGAAGAAGCAGUCUAUUGGUACCACCAUUUUCCCUCCCAAGUUUUGCCAUGUUUGUAAGUUUAAAAGCUACCUUAAUUCUGUAUGCUAAAGGAAAUGAAUCAGGAUUAUAAAAUAAUGUCUCUUGGCUUAAAAAGGGUAGGGAAAUGCACAAUGUGUCCUACUACCCAUACUCUCUUUCAGUGUAAGCCCAGGGAGGUGAUCUCACAUUUUAAUUCCCUUUUACCACUUAUUGUAACAGCAAAGUCAGUGAAGGCUUAUGGUCUCUGAAAAAUAUUUUUGCCGGCCUCAACACAAGUUUCUAACUGUUUUUGUUGACUGCAACUAAUAUUAUCUUAAUAAUCAUUUUCCAUUUUUUUUCGAAGGCAUCCUAUGGUGUUUUCAAUAUCCACUAGUACAAGGCAAAUUUUUAAGUUGAGAGUGUUUACUUUGAUUUCAUUAACAGUAAACUACAUUUUUAAACAGACACAAACUAACCUGGUAGGUUGAUGUCCGAAGGUGUAAAACAUUACAUGCAACUAUAUGGCAAAAACUGAUGACAGUGGCCAAAGGAAAGGCAAAAAUAGAAAUGUCAUCAUUUUUUAAUUUUAUAAAUUCCCUUUGAAGCAUAUUUAGCCAGAUGUAGUCCUUGUCAAAACAUGCAAACUUGAACAUUUAUUUUCUGACCUUAGCUAAUCUUUUUUAAGCCAUACUCUUGUUCCAGUUGGUAGUGUAGUUUUUGGAAUAAAAUAUUUAUAAUUUCUCUCUCUUUGUUUGCAACAAAACAAAACACAAUUGAAUAAGGACUCAAACUGAAGGCAGUGUAGUAACUGCUGUCUUGAAAAGAGAAUUCCAAACACACAAAAUAAUUACCCUUUCAUUUGCCUAUAUUCAUUUCUUAGAAACUACGGUAAAGUUUAAAUUAAAUCACACAAAGAUAAGAACUUGAGCAUAUCAAGAGUGAAUGAUCUCUUGGCAAAAUUUAUUUAGCUUCUAUUACAUAAGUCACAAAACAAAAUACAUGAACUACGAGACUUGACCAUAUGCCACUCAAUCAUCCAACGCAACUCUGCCAGGAUACUAGUAAGUUCACAAUCAAGGAUGAAGAAUUAAGAAUCUCAAUCAUCAUUUCUUUUCGUCUUAAAGGUGUACUAAAACCGUAAACAACUCUGACAACUCUUCUAUUUGACCACGGCCACCGCGCUUUUUUUAAUGUCACGAAGGAUUAAUUUUCGGCCUUUCACUUGAAAAUAUAAACUCUUCUACAUACGCAUUUGAGGAUUGGCCCUUCUUCUAGUUUUGUGGGUCUUCUAAACAGAAACACAGCGUGAAAGCCUGUAGUGAGCCAAAAAGGCGGGCAUCGAGGAACAAUGACUGUUCACUGGUCUCGUUCUUAGUAAACUGCAUGUAAUGACAGACGCAAGACCAGAAGAAAGGAAAACGUAAGCCCCACAUUACUGCGGAAAAAAUCGGUUCCAGCGAAGAAAGCAAUGACCGACAGGACCAAAAGUGAAUUCACUUCACACUGUCGAAUCGCUGAGAAGACGAACUACUUGAUGUUGUUGUUCUCAGCCCGUUUCGCGCAUGCUCGCUACAGCUCUCGAAUGAUUGACAGAUUUCUUAACUGGGGUGAUCAUGGAAAGCCGAAAAGCGGCAAGAUCAAAGGCCGUUGCCAGCCUCCCCUGGUUUAUAAAUUUGUUGCGCACUGUGCGCGCACCUUGCGCGUUGAUCACACAGCGAGACAAAAAACUCAAGUUGCGAAUAUUUCUAUUUAUUAUACAUUCAACUCACUAUCUCUUUUCUGAUUGGCCGAAAGCGUACAGCAAAUUUUCGAAAUUAACACCUGGGAUGUCAACUGGCUGCAGAUUAUUCAAUAAUCAUGUCAAGGACACUCAAGGUCAUGGGUAAUCAUGUCAUGUAUGAGCAUGGUAUGUGAUUUCUAAGGGUAAUCAUGUCAAGUUUGCACGCUUUGUGUUGCUUGCUGUCAGUGAAGAAGCAAAAACAUGACUUCCAGGUUUGCUUCGUUGACCAAGCAAGACAUCAAAAAAGUAGUUGAAGACAAGAACUCACGAACACAAAAAUGUUGACGAAAGUGGCAAAGGAGCUGUUUGCUGAUUAUGUGAAAGAGAAAAAACAGAGAGAACCUGAGGAAAAGAAAGAGUUGGCACAAACUUUGAAAACAUUUUAUGUCGAAGCGAGAAAGAAAGGAUUCGUUCAAUGCAUAAUAAAACAAUUAUUAGAUUUGGUUUUUGUGAUAUCCAGAACAAUCAAGGUCUCAGUAAGGGUUAUCACCUUCAGCCUUCGGUUCCGGCUGAUAACUCCUACCUCGACCUUGAUUAUUCUGGAUAUCACCAAAACCUCAUCCAAUAAUAUUGUUUAAUAUCUCUUUGGUGUCUACAGUUGAUGUCAUCCUGUUGUGACAUCAGGAUGCAUUUUAGGGUACACUACUUUAAGUGUGAAUGCAAAUGCUGUGGUACACUAUCAUGUUUUAUUCUAAAGUGUGUUUCACUUUGGCUUUUUACUGUCAAAACCUUAAAAUCUUUACCUUUGAAUUCAUGUUGCACUGAGGCAAACCAACAAUGAAUUGGUUCUUUCCCCACCAAUCAAUGUGACCGAUUGGUCAAAUCAAAGACUGGUUUCAGCUCUGUUCAUCCAUCCACCGUUGAACCUGAGAGUGAAUUAAGACUGCAAUAAUGCAAAAUGGCUUUGAAAUACGCCUUCUAAGCUAAUUUUCCUCAAAUAUAUCUUUGAAUUCAUGAUAAACACAGUUCCACUAACUUCAAACAGCAUUCAUGGCAAAGAAAAAUACUUUAAGUAUAAUAAUUUUAGCAUAACAAUCAUUCAGUGGUUGCGAGGUGCAGUGGUCAAGGAUAUAAUUUCAGUCACAGGAGAUUCAGAGGGAGCGAAUUUGAAUUCCAGUGAAGCCAUAAUUUUUAACUUUGUACAUUUUUUUCUUUUUAGUUUUUUGAUCAUUUUUUCUCCUUUGGCUUGUUUUGCUUUAUUUUCACUGCUGAUCCUUUAAAGCUUUAUGAGGAUUUUGUGAUAACGUAUUUCUAGUGAUAUAAUUUGUCCAGUUUUGAAAUAUCUAAUAGAUAGCAACUGAAUCAGUAAUGAUUGGCGUUUCUCUCUCCAAUCAAGGAUAUAAGAGAUGAGGAUGUUGGUGAUGGGGGUGAAGUUCCACACGCUCAUUUGCAGGUGUCAAAAAAGGGAAAGCGGGGAGCUAAGAGACAAUUUUGUAAGUUGGUAAUAGUAUGGCUGUAAGACCAAUUUUUCUUCUUCUAUGAUUAGGCCAUCUCCUUUUUGUUUUUGGUUUAGUAUCAUGUGCAUUUCUUGAGUUCGGGUCGUUCAAUUGGAUAAAAAAAAGAGGGAAAAAAUCACAAGAAGUCAGAGACCAGGAGGCUUGAAACCCCAGCAUCAUUGCCUGGAGCCUGGAGGCAGCAAGGCAUGGUCACCAAAUCAACACAAACUCAACAUGGCAGAAAAUUUGAUCGUCAAUGUCAUAAUAAAAAGUAAAAAGGUUGAGAAAUGGUUCAAAUCUUUCACAGUUUCACUACUAUUUUGAUUGGCUGUAGAACGUUUUCACUCAGCAAUAUUGUUUUUAUACAGUUUUGCAAGUACAUAUCAUUUAUCUCUUCCCUUUGAGCAAUUGCCUGGUAAUAUUUUAUUUUUGUUACUCUGCAUACGUAUUCUGUAUUUAUUAGUUCUUAUUUGUUUUGAUCAUUGUGUGUAACAGUUCCAGAUAAAGGGAAGCCCUGGUUUAUGUAUGAAGCUUAUCAACACAUAAUCAAAGUUCAAGUGGAAUAUCUCAUUGGAAUUGGAGUUGACCCUGCAUUAAAGGUAAGAAUUCCAUUCUUUAUCCAAAAUGUUGUUAUAUAGAUCUACAUGUAUAGCUGAAAAAUGUUUGCACUGUCAUUCAUUUUCACUAAAGUCUCUCCUUGCGGGGUUUCUACAAUGUAGGCCAUUAUCUCAUUUUUUUUUCGCGUAAAAACAUAGCACUAUGCAUGUCUAGCUUGGCAGUGAAAAACUUGACAAAAAGGUCAGAUUCUCUGGGAUUUAACAUGGAUGCUUUAUGAAAAGGAGCUAUUAUGCAACUUAUUUCCUGUAAAAGUUGGCUUCCACUUUGCUUUCACCUACUUUACUAUGCUAAUAAUUUGCUUAAUGACUGGUCCCUCAAGAAACCAAUCAGUUUUGUUUUUGUCCACCAAUUUCAAUGUUUCACUUGGCUCCACCUCAAGAAACAUUGAAUUUAUAAGGAAACAAAAUAAAAGACUGUUUACUCUGAAACCAGUUAUUGAGUCUUGCACAUUAUUCUUUAAUUUAAUUUUUGGCACUCACAGGGCUUCUGAUAUUUCACGGAAAAAAAGUAAAAUUUCGCGGGAUUUUCAGGGGCAAAUUUGUGAAAAAAUCGGCCGAUUUCGUGAGAUUUUCGCGGGAGAAAAGUCAAAAUUCGCAGAAAAAUCGGCCAAUUUCGCAGGAUUUUAGCGGAAAAAAAUCAAAUUUCGAAGGAUUUUCAGGGGCAAAUUCUUAGAAAAAUCGACCGAUUUCAUGGGAAAUUUCGGGGGGAAACUUCGCCAAGAAACAAUCAGUAAAAACAGCUGAUUUCGCUGGAUUUUUUUGGCAAAUUUCACUAAAAUCGAUCAAUUUUGCGUCGAUAUGACCAGUGUUGUUUAACGUUUUUUUAACAGGGAUAAUCAUUUGCUCUUUCAACAACAGUUCAAUCAAGAAAUGAGCAAAUUCUAAAGCUAUUAACAUUAUGGUUAGUGCCAGUUUUUCGCAACGUUCAUCUAAAAACGCCUGGUAGUUUUGGGACGUUGUUUACUCGUUGCAGUGAAGAAGUUUCAAGAUAAAUUUGGACGUUUGGGGUGAAUAAAACAGGUCUAAUAGCCAAGAUAAGUAUUAAAUAUGUUUUGCCGACAUGUAUUUGGAAAUAUUUCGGGCGGAUUUCGCGGUAUUUCGUGUUUUUUUGGGAAUUUCGCGGGAUUUCGCGGAAAUACCUGAAUUUCGCGGGUCCGCGACCGCACGAAAUAUCAGAAGCCCUGAACUCAGCUUUCUGGUCUUAGUGAAGUCUCAAAGGGUACCAGACUUGGUAUAAAAAUUUUAUUUCUAGGAUGUUGUUUUUAAACUGUGGUACAAGUACCUUCAGGUAACUGGUAAUGCCUUUAUGGGGUCCCCCGGAGGACAGAUAUCAACUAAAGCUGCUGUUUUUUACUGCCGUGAUGCUGAGUUGCUUGGCAAGAAUAAAAGAAAACGUGGACAGCAGAAGAAUGAUGUUGGUGAAAAUGAUGAUGUAGAUGAUGAUGAAUUAGAACUGUGUUCACACUUCAGUGAUGAAGAAUUCUAUGAAGGUAUGUUUUGGUCUUAGCUUUAUUUUUCUGAGAACAGGGCCAUAAGUUAUUGAAUUUUUAAAUUAUUAUUAUUAUUUCUUUCACUUUCCCUCAUUUCUUUAACACACAGACUUUGGCCACUAGCUUCUGUACACUUAUAAUUAUGGCCCAGUUUACCCAGAAACAUUGCUGAUCCUCUCACUCAUAGGGCUUUCCCCUGCUCAUCAUUUCCCCACACUAAGAGGUCAGAAACACUUGCUUCUUUUAAGAACCAGGUGUGAAAAGUGAGACAUUGAGAACCUUCUUUCAGAGGAAUGUAAGAACUGUCACCUGUGCAAUGCUUAGGAUAAAUUUUUCCUUGUUGUUUUUUUAUAUGUUUAAAAUUUUCUGCGCACAUUUAUAAAUCUUUUAUAAACAUUGUGGUAACUCAAUAUGGAGUGGGAAGGGGUUGAAAUAGGCAGGCAGGGGUUUUCAAGAGUGGAUUUUAAAGUAGCUUGUUACAAUGUAAGUGUUCAAAAUUAGUUAACAUUGUGUGUAAGCUAGGAAUUUUGACAAUUUCAAGUAGCAUUUCUUGGAAUCUACUCAGUGUUGAACCUAAGAUCACAUGGGCCCAGUACUGGGUGAUAUUAAUUUGUGGCUGUCAUCAAGAGGUACAUGUAGCCUUUGACUGUAUUUACAAUUAAAAAAAACAACAGCAACAUUUUUAUAUGGGUCAGUUUUCAAUGAUUUGAACAAUAAUUAUUUUAUUUUCACAUAGAUGAUGACCCUUCUAAGGUUCCAUUGAAAGAUGACGUUGAUGAAGCUGCCAAAUCUACAGUCUGUCCAGAUGACAUCAGAGAACAGGAUGAAGAAGUUCUUUCAAAUGACGACAGCUUAGAGAGUAGUGAGGAUGAAUUUGUUGGUUCAAUCACAGUUAAACAGCAAAAGCAAUCACAUGUUCGUCGGUCAAAUAAACAAUCAAAUAGAGUGCGUAAUGGCCAUGUUUCUCUCAAAUUUACUCUGGCUUUCUGCUACCUUGGCUUGCUGUGGAUCAAUGAACCAGUGUUUCUGAGCGAUUUAAUGAGGUUUGUACAGAAUGGUCACAAAGGAAACUUAACUAGGAAACUAGUAAGGCAACAUGAACAGUAUGAAGUGGUGGGCCAUCUUACUUCAAGUUACCAUUGACCUUGGGUUUACUCACAAUUCUUUAUUCUUUCCUUUUUAGCCAAAAUGCGUUAUGAAUCCAGAAUAAUGGCUGGUCAACAGUAACUAAAACAAAAGAGAGUUGGUGAUACUUGAACAUCUCAUGUUGAAAAAAGGCCUUCUUAGUAACAGCUUUAUUUUGUAUUAACGUACUUUCAACUGUCAUAGCUUUUGCAAAAGAGUGCAUCUUGACUGAUGAGUCCAAUUCAACAUGGAAUGGUUUAUACCCCCAGUACAUGUACCUCACAUGUGUCUGUGUACUUGUAAUCCAAUGUAGUAUCUGCUUACACAAUAGAACCUUAACCCUUCCACUCAUACACCAAGUUAUGACCAAGCUUAUUUGUCUCUCCUUAAAAAUCUGUGCUUAAAUUGUAUGGUGUUACCAUUCAAAUGAAACCUCUUUGGUAAAAGUUUCGCGUAAUACCAUUUAUUUGUUAGAAUAAUACAAAAAUAAAUUUGAAUUUGAAUUUUUUGGUGAAUUUUUUCUAUUGUUGGCACAAGUGUCUAGAGCACAGACUCAUUUUCUUGUUAGUCAAUCUUUGCCAUGGUAGAGUCUGAAGUUUUUAGCACUGUAUCGGUCAAUUGUCAUAGCUGUAUUUUUACGAAACAUUUGUGUUUUUUUUUUUGUAGGUGGGCCAAACAGGGCCAGCUUCCUUUCUUCCAGGUUACAAGACACAUGCCAGGGCACAUGAAGUUUGGACUCGGUGAUUUUGCUUGUUUGUGUCCCAGAAAGUAAGUGCUUACACCCUGAUUUAUUUACUGUUAUGAGCCUCUAGCUUUGGAUUACAAAUGGGUACUUGUACACUGAAAAUAGUCACUGAGGAAGAUUCUACAGGUGAAUAUUGAAUACAGUCGAACCUCCACUAACGGUCACCUCUCCACAAAGGCUGCCUCUCUACAACGGCCACUUUGUUUAGCAGACAGUCCAUACAUUGACUCUUUUGUAGACCUCUCUACAAUGGCCACUAUCUUUUGUGCGCAAGGUGGCCAUUGUGGGUAGAUCCAACAUACUAUACUCUUUUGACACCCAUCUCCACCCUUGUAAGGUGUCCUUUAAGUGUAAAUGUACACCUGUCUAAGAUUUAAUAGAUAUCAGUGGUUACCUGAUCCCCAAAUAAUUUUAUUGAGUCCUCUGUAACAAAUAUUUUUGUGCUAGCUAGUCAACCACCUUACACGAUGCAAAGAAGGUCAGUUGCCCCCCCCCCCCCCCCCCCCCCUCUUCUACGGCCUUGUUUUCGGGUUUUUUUUUUUUUUUUUUUUUUUUUUUUUUUUUUUUUUUUUUGUGGUUGGAGUCUGACAAAAAACCAAUAAUUUACAAUAAAAAAAAAAAAAUAAAUACGAUGCAAAGAAGGUCAGUUGCCCCCCCCCCCCCCCCCAAUUUUGUUGUAGAGCAUUGAUGACAGUUUUUUUUCAUAUUUAAAUCCUGAUUUAUUCAAUUGGGGCUAGGGAAUGGCAUGUCAACAAUAACAGUGUAAUUUACAAAGAAGAAAAUUAAUUAAAUGAAUAAAAGCUACCAACUUCCUGAAAUAACUGAUGUGCUAAAAAUGCCAGGAAAUUGGAUUAAUUGAAGAUAAUUUUAACUUGAAUAUUGAUGGAACAUGUGUAACGUGGCAACAUAAUCAUAAUUAUUUUAGUGAAACCCACUGUUACUGGCACACUCACGUUCACAAUAAUGGAGAAGUACAUGCAGGAAGCAAUAUGUGAAACUGUCAAAAGCCAGGGACUGGUGAGCUGAUGUCAUUUACUGAUCUCAGCUCACCAAUCUCUGCUUUGAACAGAGUUAAUACCACAUUAGUUUGGUUUGUUGACAUGAUGAGCCUUGGUGACAAAUACCGGUAUACAGACAGAGCAGGGGUGUCAUUAAGAGGCGGGGGCUGGGGAUUUCCCCCGGCUACUACGAACAUGGCCCUUGGCUACUUGCAAAGACUGUUUCAACCUGUACUUACAUGCUAAGUCGCGUUAACAGGAUAAAACAUCUUCUGGACAGUAAAACUCUUGUCUUCUUGAUGAACGCUUUUAUAUUUAGUAGGUUAUAUUACUGCUCCACGGUUUGGAGCAACACGACUGAAGAAAACAUUAAGAAACUUCAAUUAAUCCAAAAUUUCGCAUGUACAAUCGUUUUAGGCCUAAAGAAAUACGAUCAUAUCACGGAAGGCCUGAAAUCUCUAAAUUGGCUUAAUGUGAAUGACAGACUGCUUGUAAACCACUUAUUAAUGGUUCGUAAGUGUAUUCAUGGCCUGAUACCCAACUAUCUUACUGGAAAAUUUAUUCAGCAUUCGAAGAUUCACCGCAGAAACACUAGAGGCAGUGGAGAGUUAGACCUUCCAAUUUGUAGAUUAAAAACAGGACAACGAUCAUUUACUUUUCGGGGUGCAAAGUUGUAUAACAACCUCCCAAACGAGAUUAAGCAAACUUCCGAUCUUAAAAAGUUUAAGGCUAAAGUCACAUUUAUAAACAAUUUAAACAUUGAAAAUCAAAAUAGCAUAUUAGGAUAUAUUCAUGUAAUUAGUUGUUAGUAUUGACGGCGGAAGAGCCCUAGGCAGGGAGCUGUUCAAAUAAAGUAUGUAUGUAUGUACUUUCAAAGGAAAACAAAAGAAAAAUAGAACCAAAAGAAAUCCCUAGCUGUUUGAUUCCCGGCCUACUUGUUGUAUUUACCUGGCAACUUGAAAUCUUAGUGACAACCCUGACAAAGAAGUGUUGAAAAUAGGGAGGAAUUUAUUGACUUUGAAUUGUUAGACAUAAAAAAAAUUGUUUCUCUGAUAUUACUUUCUUAUUAAUGAUCAGUUACAGUAACAACUUAUUCUUAUCUAAUUAUUUUUAUUGAAGAAGAAAUUUUUAGUGAAACUAAUUUGUUAUAAUUUCCACUACCACAAAUUGAUUACAGUCUAGUUCAUUGUGAUCACAGUUCAUUGAAAUCAUCAUGAGAUAUUACGUUUUCUUCUUCUUUUCUUCUAUUUUAGAAUCCCUCUUUUAAAAAACAUUCUCCAGAUAGCGGCACAAAUUGCAAAAUUAUUACAGCUUCCUCAAUUUCCAGAACAGAAGUGGUUCACCUACACUGCACGAUAUAUCACAGACCUUCAUCUGCCAGGUGAUCUCAUCUCUUUUUCAUAGGAGGUUAAUAAGCAUCUUUUCUCUGUCUUAAGUGACUUUUGAUCAUCUACUAGAUUCUCCUUCUAAAUUUCCUUGUAUUUUCUUGUGAUUUAGAGGAGAAUUAGCCUGUUCUAGGCUCUGAGAUAGUAGGGGUGUCAUGAAAAUAAAACAAGCCAAGCGAAAAUAGGACGCGCGCGAUCACCGCCCUCUCUCUUCCCAGCCCUCACAGGUUUUUUACAUCACUAAUUUACUGCACAACUGCAUCUGCAGAGAUGUUGUUUUGCUUAUUAAACCGAUUGCUUUUUUGCUGUUCUUGUUUCCAUCGCCGUCAUGGUUGCUUAAACUCGCUGGUAUCUUGUUCUCGUUGUCGUCUUCAUCUUUAGAAUCUAAGGGUCUCUACUAUAGUCUUUGUAUAGACUAUAGUGUUCACUACCCCCUCAUAUUUAAGCUAUUAAAGUAUCAUUUUAUUGCUGCUCUGAAACCAUGCCAUUCGCAUAUUUUACAGGUUUCUUGCAUGGCAUUGUGCGAAGCCUGAUGGAGAAAGUCAAAAUAAAGGGAACAAUCUAUCCCGCUACCCACACGGGCCGUCAAUCCUGUAUUCCCAACUUUGAAGCUGGUGCUAUGGCAUUUAUUGUAGUUGCCAUGAAACUCUGCUAUGGAAUUGACGACAAAACUGAAAGGUAAUGUCAAUUUUAAUGUACUACUUUUUGAUUAGGCAGAAAAGCUGGGGUGUAGAUUGCUGGUGUGUAUUUCCACAGUGAAGUUUCGAAGGUGUUCUAUGUUCAUGUUAGUUUCCCUUGCACUCACAAAAAUUAUCGAAUGUAUAGCAAGCCCCCCCCCCCCUCCCCCAUAACUAUAUGCUGUGUUCUCAUCAAUAUAAUUAUGUUCGUCAUACAAAAGUAAUUCUUAAUCGGUACAUGAAGCUAGUUUAGUGGUCUGUUAACUGCACUUUGUUUUCUCGUUGUGCUUCUGCUUAUAUUCAAAACCUUUUAUCUUGACUAAAAACUUUUCUUCUGAUCGAAGUGCUACUUCCAUGUCCUUCGCAUAAUCUCAUAAUGUACGAACAAAAUGAGGGGCCAUUCAAACUGCCAGAAUUUACCUUCUUUAAAAAGUGUGCAAGUUUUUGUAACAGAACUUGCACGGUUCCCUGUAAACGGGUUGCACAGGACCCAGGUAAACGGGGUCUACUUCAUGGCAAAUGACCUGAAUAUUCCCUUAAGUUCAAACGAACGCUGAUGCCACCUGAGGGAAAGCCAAGGGCAUUUAAGGUGGCUGUACAGAGUUUUGCGGGCGGUCAGCAGUAACUCGCGUGACGGCGUGUGUUAAUUAGACAAUAAAACAUGGCGGCAAAAAAAGCAGUGGUCUAUGUACAUUUACACAGAAGACAAUUUCUCAAAGUCUACUCAUUAAAAUUUGUAAUAUUUGGCAGAACUUUUACUUUUAUCAUAUUUUAAAUAAUUAGAACUUUAUAGUGGAAGUUGAACAGACGAAUUUUGUGACACAUUUAAUAAUUACAAUACAAUCAUAUUAUUGAUUAUCUAAAAACCCUUCUGUUUUUCAAGUAAGUUUCAGAUGGUAAUGAUUAAUUAUAGUAAGCCAUGUGAAAGUUUAUAAGAAAAUCUAAUGAGCAAAUUUUAUGUAAACUGAGCAAAAGUGAAAUGUUAAGGUUGUAUUCAAUCGUUCAUGUUCCUAUGGAAACUACGAAAACGUCACAUUUUACCUGUCAGUCAAAAUCUUUCAUCAGUAUAUUUUUCACUUGCCAAGUUUCAGCUUGUGACCUGCAACCUUUCUCUUGACAUGAUUUGGCAAAUGACAUACAGUAUACUCGCAAACUGCAAAAACUGUGUUCCGCCACCUUAAUUGAGAAAUAGACCUUAUUCAAGUGCACGUGCUCAAGGACUGAUGGGAUAAAAGCAACGUCACGUGGUUUUUCAGGGGGCAAACAAGUGAAAAAAAUUGCAAAUGAAAAAAAUCGCGGUUGAGUUUGUUUAUUCUAGACAAUAGGAAAUGAAGACCUUUCAUCUUAAAGACAAUAAUGUUGAAAUAUGGAUGGAAGUGAUUAUUGUUACUUUUUUGUAUGCAGUAGAGACCGUAGAUGUCCUGAAUGGCAAACAUUACAGACGUAAAUCUUGCCAAAACCCGAUGUGUACAUUUUGCAUGACUAUGAAAUCGUCGUGUAGAAUAAACAAACUCAACCGCGAUUUCUGGUAUUGGCAAAUUUUAUCACUUGUUUGCCCCCUGAAAUACCACGUGACAUAACUUUUAUCCCAUCGAUCCUAGAGCGCGUUCAAAGAUGGCGAGUAUUGUGAAUAAGGUCUAUUGUGGCAACACGUCCACCUGCUUGAAGUUCGCCGCCAUCUGCUUAAUGUUCAUCGCUAGCCCCUAGGCCAAGGAGGCUUAUCUUAUUUUAUAGCGAAACCUUGAAACCACUUCUAAGUUUUGAUCUGUCAAUGACUGGACGGCUCGUUACUUGCAGGAAACAAGAAGCAAGUGUAGAACCAGUACUGUCAAGCUCUGAAAACAAAUAUUGUGAAACAGUUCCUCUAUUUUCUGACUGGCUGAAAAGCUGGAAGUCCUGCGAGGCCAAAAAGAUGGAAAAUGGAAUCCCGUGGACAGACGAACAGUUUAAACUCGUGCGUAAUCCCACAGCUUACGCUUCCUUUUGCAGAUCAGAUAUAUUUGGCUCGUGGGAACCCACUGAUAAGGUUUACACUGGAACUCAACAGAAAAACUUUCGUGUGAACAGAACAACAAACGAGGAGAGCCAAGAUAGAUACGCGCAACUUUUCAAAAGUCUCAUGAGCCGAGAAAAAGAGCAAGAGUUUAGUAAUUUGACCACUCCCCAAGUGACAAGUUUUCCAGGCACGUGCACGCACGGCAAUCGUGACACGUGCUCGCACGGGAAUGGUGACACGUGCUCGCACGAAGCUGCAGGCAGCAAAGAGCAUUGUUUUGCGAGAUUGGGCUCCCGUGGAGUCAACCGAGUCACACUGCUAGAGGAUGAACACGAUUCUAAGUACAUUUGCUACUUACUGAAUAAAAAUAAUCAAACUACCUUUCAUAGCUCUUACGAAACGCUUCUCAACAUUUUGGCAGAUCGCAUAGAGAUGAAACCGGUGGACAUACAAGUCAAAGUUAGUGAACUUGAAAAUGCUUUGUUUUUCUCAAAACCCCUUCGUUCUGGGUGGCUAUAA